AUGCGUGGACCUGGCUCUGCUGCUCCUGCUACCACCGAUGCCCCAGAAGACGCCUCAGGAUAUUUCACCGAUCAAAUCGAGAACACUUGUUGCAACACCAAACGAUUCCCGACGAAGCUUAGCAGCCCAUCCAAGCGCAAGUGCAAACAAGCGACAAAGGCAAGCUUCCGGUUCUUCUGCAGGUUCUGUGGUUGUAAACUCUCAGUCGAACGCCAAGACACAUGUACCAAGAAAACAUCCAGCACUCAAAAAUCAAACCAUAUCCCCAACAAGGCCGCGCAAAGUACCCAAGCGAAUGAUAUUCAAGCCCCCAAGUGCAACUGCAAAAAGAAGCUCCCAGCCUCCCAGCUCCGCACAGAAGAAGAUAAGAAUGCGGAAAAUCACCCCAACGUUCAACCUGCAGACAAACCUCAAGAUAUCGUAAUCCUGGAGACCAUCGAUGAAGCCAAAGAAGCCUCUGGAAGCGAAUAUGGCAAUGCCAAUGAUGAAGCCCCGUACAAUGAGUGGGAAUCAGAAGAUGAUUUGGAUGACAAUAGUAGUACUGCGGCUGAAAUAUGUCAGCAAUCGGACACUCAAGGACAAAAGACUCAGUCUAAGCACAGCAGGGCUUUGAAGCUGCGGGAUUUAACCGAUAGGAUUGACUGGUGCUGGUUAUUUGAAAGCUCAUUGAUUCAAGUUUUACCUCUGCGGAUGGUCCUCAAAUUGGUUGAUGCUGCCUGGAACAAUCAUGCUAACAUGCUCUACUUGCAAGAUUGA